GAACGACCCAUAAUUGUAGACCAGGUGUGUGCCUCGCCUUCUCUACAAGAACACUGUAAGGGAAGCAGUUCAGACAAAACGCUGCCUGUAACUACUGUUUAGUUUAAUUUGGAUACUUCAAGAUGUGGGGUCAAAACCAAGGAAACUUUUAUCCUCCUGGCUACCACGGGAACCCAAAUGUUCAACAGCCUGGGGGAUAUCCAGUGCCAGGGGGAUAUCCAGUGCCAGGGGGAUAUCCAGGGCAACAGCCAAUGCCAGGGGGAUACCCAGUGCCAGGGCAACAGCCAAUGCCAGGGGGAUACCCAAGCCCAGGGGGAUAUCCCCCUGGAAUGAUCCAGGCCCCAGUGGGUCCUUCUUACCAGCCCUAUCCAGUGCAGUGUACCUUUGGAUGUGUUGGGCACUGUAGCCAUGGACACCACGGGCACCACGGGCACCACGGACACCACGGGCACCACGGGCACCACGGACACCACGGACACCACGGACACCACGGACUCGUCCAGGGGAUUCUGAAUAUUGGAAGACACAAGCACAGGCAUGGCCAUUGGCAUGUUGGUUGUCACAAGAGGGGGAGGCAUUGUCAUGGGGAUUCCAGCAGCUCCUGCAGUAGUGACUCUGACUGAAGCCAGACUGACAUGAUAUCAUUCCUCUGAUGAGCCCUAACAGUCGUGGGCACUGUUUUCUAAAAUAAAUCCAUCUGGAUUUCACUGGAUAUCAAUGCAUAUUGUUAGAAUGACUACAACUAUGUUUAGCUAAAUAUAUUGCUCUAAUCCCAAACUCUCAUCCUUAAUGUCUGUACUCCAGGCCAUUGAGCUACCUUGCUCAUGUCUUUAAAUGUCUGUGUAAUCUUUUUUGUGAAAUAAAAUAAAUAAUACUUUAUAGAG